AUGAGGGUUUUCGCACUGGUUUAUCUCGUGGCAAUCCUAGGAUUUCACAAGGUCCAGUGUGAUGGGUUGUCUAUGGAUGAUCAAAGUUUAUCUAUGGAAGGAACUUCUCAAGGGAAUGAUUAUGGACCUUUAGUACCACAACCUGAGAAUCAAGACGUUGGACAAGAACAGCCAGAAGCAUCAGGUUUAGCUCUGGAUAUUGGAAGCCCAAAUCUCCUGGGAAUUAUAAAACGGACACCUGCAGGUCCAAACUGUAGAUGGUAUGCAAGGAAUGGAGAUGUUUGGGAAAACUGUAAAGAUUCAUAUCAAGAAAAGAUUAAAGAUAUUCGAGAACAUAUCCCCCGCACAAACCCAUUCAUUCUAAAUCUUGAAGAGGAUAAGGAUACUGAGGAAUGCACAAUAUUCGAUGCAAAGCUUAUUGGAGCCCCAAUGAGGCUGUAUUUUGCAAAGCCUGAAUAUUCCGCUGAGGAGGUAACGUAUAAUGGAAAAUCCAUAUGGAAAGGUUCCGAGAAUAAACUCUGCACGGCAUGUGACUUGUACUUUAACAAAGGAGAACUCUCAUUCCUUAUUCUAAGCGUCAAGGAGAAUGAUGUGAUAAGAUACGAAUACUUUGAAACGAGGGGUAAAGAAUGGAAGACUAUGACUUCUGAAGAGUUCAAUAACAGACGUAAGGAAGCUCAAACUACUCACGGCAGUUUUGAUGUUCAAGAGGAACCUGGCACUUCUGGAGGAUCUGCUUCUACUGCUAAACUUAAAGGUUCAGGUUCUACUGAACCCAAAACUCCUGAGCAAACGGAGUCUAGGAGAAUCUCUACAGAAGCCCUUCAGGAAGUUUCUUCAAAGGAAGUAGAUACUCAAUCAGCUGAACAGGCUAAAGAUCCCAGUGUUGACAGUAAACCAGAUCCAAAACUAACAAAUAAAGAGGCAGCUACUGCACUUUCAAGCUCCGAACCAGAAGAUGGUUCUUUGGAUACUGCGGAAUUGAAUGAUACAUCUUCACAGAGCACAACCCUUGACGAGCCACAAACUGAUACAGAUAAAGAAUAUGACGAUAAAACAGCACUAGAACGACCAGAUUCUAACGCUAAAGAUGAUGCAGAUAAAGUUGAACAAACGUCACAGAGCACAACCGAAGGUAUUAAGGGUUGGCUUAAAUCUGCAUGGAAUGGUGUCAAAAAUAAAUUUGGUUAA